AGCGUUAUGCACUGGUGAAAAAGGUUUUGGUUUCAGAGGUUCGAAAUUUCAUCGAAUCAUUCCUCAAUUCAUGCUUCAAGGAGGGGAUUUCACCAAAGGUGACGGAACUGGUGGUAAAUCAAUUUAUGGGGAAAAAUUUAAAGAUGAAAAUUUCCAAUUGAAGCAUACUGGACCUGCAAACACUAAUGGAUCGCAAUUCUUUAUUUGUACAGUCAAGACUGCUUGGUUGGAUGGUAAACAUGUAGUUUUCGGUCAUGUCGUUGAUGGCAUGGAUGCUGUGUAUGAGAUUGAAAAAUACGGUUCUUCCUCUGGUACUCCCAGUAAACCAAUUUCAAUUAUUGACUGUGGUGAAGAGUGA